AUGUUUACUGGUUCUCCCGUUCACUAUGCGUUGGGAAUUAUACUGCUCUGCAGUUCCAUGACCAACGCCGCCGUAGAUAUGGACAACAUCUGCUUAUUACUAAAAAAUGGUGCUCUGAUUGCCAGUGGCGAUUCCUGUUCACAGUAUUAUUCUUGCUCCAAUGGAAACGCUACCGCUCAAAGCUGUGCCAGUGGCACCUAUUUCGAUAAGAAUUCCCAAAGUUGCGUUGGUGUAGCUCCAUCGUAUUGUACCUCUUCUUCUUCUUCGACUCCCUGUAGCGGACAUGCCGUAGGAUCUUUCGUUGCUAAGCCUGAUUCUUGUGAAGGCUAUUAUUACUGCUCAAGCACAGGCGCAGAAGUUGGUAAUUGCCCUAACGGUCUAUAUUUUGACGCGGCAAGCCAAACUUGUAACUAUCCUUCCGACGUUAACUGCCAGACGACUAGUACUGAGGAUACUGAUGCAGACACACCGAUCAAUUUGUGUUCGUAUAUACAAGUAGGAGUUUACUUUGGUAAUGCCUUCAAUUGUUCAGGAUGGUUAAAAUGUACUAGCGACACCAAGUUCGACAAUGGAACUUGUAAAAAUGAUUUGCUUUACAAUACAGCGAAACAGAUGUGCGAUUAUGCUUCAAACGUUGAUUGCUCACAGGUAACUAACGACCCGGAGUUAGAUGUGACAGCAAAUGGUGGUGGUGGCGCAUGCACAACCAAAGGAACCAAAAAAAAGGCUGUCGCAUGUAAUCAAUAUUACCUAUGCGAUGGUACCAAAUACCAACUGACGAAGUGCUCUGGCAGCUUAUACUACGAUACAGAUACUGAAACUUGUGUAAACCGUAUUGAUGCUUAUAAUGAUUGCGAUCGUUGCUUAGGUACCACUGACACGUUUGUAAAUGCAUUCGGAACCGAUUGUCAUAAUUACUUGUACUGCUCUAAUGGUGUCAAAAAGGACUCAGAGCCAUGUCCAAACAGCGGUUACUUCAAUGAAGAGAUGGGCGGUUGCGUAUCAGUAAGCCCAGAUUUUAAAUGCUGUGCAAAUGCUACCGAAACUGACACCGCUACCACUCAAUUUGUAGUUAGUUGGCUCAUUUUGGCAUUGGCCGAUUCUAUAUCCGCCGAAUACAACGUGAACGGCGUGUGUACAGUGGUCACCGAUGGUUUACGGAUUGGCAGUAUCGACUCUUGUCAGCGCUACUACACAUGUAACAAUGGCGUAGCUACGCCUUACGAUUGUCCCAGCGGCAGUAGUUUCAGCAAAGAUGUGCAAGACUGCCUCACUGAAACUCCAGUGGCAGCGCAGCUGUUGAUGUUCUUAUUGGUUGGCCUCACCAGCAGCACUAUAUUGCCCGAUACCGAUGAUAUUUGCCGACUUUUUCCAGAUAAAACAGAAGUUGCCGACCCAUCAUCAUGCAACCAUUACAUCACCUGUAAUAAUUCGGUGUCGGAAUACACGCGCUGCGCUACAUCUACUCCGUACUUCGAUAAUUCCACUAUGAAGUGCACGAAAACAUUGUCUGAUGACCGUCACUGUCAGCUUUCUUGCUUAGAACAUGUGGGCCGAUUUAUAAGUGAUAAAACAACAUGUAAAGGCUAUUACUUUUGCCAGGAUGAGACUACGCCGAUCCACGGAAUAUGUCCAAAUGAUUUGCAUUUUGAUAUCCAGGCUCAGUCUUGUGUCUAUAAAUCAAAAUCCAGCUGUACGCUAAGUUCAUUUGAUAUAUGUUCAGUUGUUAAGACCGAUACCAAAGUAUCUCAUGAAACUGAUUGCCGUAAAUAUUAUCAAUGUACUAAGAGAGUUCUUACUCUUAAAAAUUGCGCAACUGGUCAAUAUUAUAAUUCAACUGCUGGCGCUUGCUAUGAAAAGUGGAAAGUAAAUUGUCCGAAAAUUCCAUUCCCCGAUAACGUUUGUGGAACUGUUAAGACGCCCUUGAAGAACAAAUUCGUAACCGAUGAUGCCACAUGUCGUGGUUACUUCUAUUGUGCUGACAAAGGUUCUGUACCAGAUCCUGCACCUGUUUGGGGCCAAUGCAAAAAUGAUACCUUUUUCGACACCACUACAAGUUCUUGUGCAAACCCAUUGAAUGUAAAAUGUCCUACUGGUGCAGAUCGUUGCGAAGGUCGUUCACUAACGUUUGUGAGUGGCAGCGAAACAGGUUGUCGGCAAUACCUACGAUGUCAAAAUGGCAAAACAGAGGAAGAGAAGAGCUGUGGCAACUACUUUUUCGAUGAAAAUUUGACCGCCUGUAUUUCUACACCAAUUACUUACACAUCUUGUGUUAGAAAGUGAUUAGUAUAAAAUAUGCACAUAUAUAUAUACUAUAUAGAAAAUAACAGUUAAAUCAAAUUAUAU